UCACUUAUAAAACAUAAGAAUCAACGGUCAUGAUUUGGAAAGUCAACUUGUUGCUGUUGUGCCUCAGUAUCUAUCAGGUAGCAGGCAGUGUCAGGAUCUUAGGAGGUCAGGAUACUCAAAUACAUCGUGCACCUUACCAAGUCUCUUUGAGAUAUAAGGCCAAUGCCACAGCACCCUAUAUACAACGUUGUGCUGGCGCCAUCUACAAUUCUCAUGUGAUUCUGACCACGGCAAUGUGUGUCCAAGAUCUGGUCAUACAGAGACUUCAAGUUGUAGCCGGAGAUAGAGAUCGCACAGGAAGCAAGGGUAACGUCUAUCGUGUGCAACGGAUUGUAAUCCAGGACGACUUUGAUGAGUGGUUCAUGGACAACGACUUGGCUUUGCUGCUCCUUGAUCACGAGCUAAACCUUAAGAAUCAGGGUUUAUCAGGCAUAUCAAUUGCCAAGGAUCAACCUGUUGCUGGCAACUUAGGCACCAUUUUCGGUUGGGGUGCUAAGGACGAUUCGCAGUCAUCGGAAACUCUGCAGAUCGCUCAGGUAAAGAUUGUGGAUGUAGCUCAGUGUCGCUUGUCCUAUGGCCAGGAUCGCAUCACCAAAGCCAUGUUGUGUGCGGGAAGCUAUAAUAACAACCAUGUGAUAGAUGCUUGUCAGGGAGAUGCUGGAGGAGCUCUUGUGGUCAAUGGAGCUGCCGUUGGAUUGAUCUCGUGGGGCAGCGGCUGUGGACGUCCAAACUAUCCUGGUGUCUACACAAAUUUGGUAUAUCUUAAAGGUUGGAUAGAACAACAAGUUGCGAUUAUGAAAAUAAUAUAAGAAGGAUAUAAUAUCUUUAAACGAUUUGUUAUAUGUAUAUACAAUC